AAGAGAUCGAACAAGACUCGAGCUGGCUUCCCUGUUGAGUUAGGAAAAGAUGAAUUCUGUUUCAUCAGUACCUCCCAGCAGACGGCUAGAAGGCAGAGUGGCAAUUAUUACAGGUGGAGCAAGCGGGAUUGGAGCAAGUACAGUGCAUCUGUUCCACGAACAUGGAGCCAACGUUGUUAUUGCAGAUGUACAAGACAACCUAGGUCAAGCCAUUGCAGAAAAGUUUGGAGAAAAGGUUAGCUACAUCCAUUGCGAUGUCUCCAAUGAAGAUGAUGUCUGCAAUCUUAUUGACACCACCAUAGCCAAGCACGGACAGCUUGAUAUAAUGUACAGCAACGCAGGCAUCGUCGACAGUCCCUAUAUGAGAAUUCUGGACAGCACUAAAACAGAUAUAGAACGAGUUCUUGGAGUAAACUUGGUUGGCGCUUUCUUGGGAGCCAAACAUGCCGCAAGAGUCAUGAUACCACAGCGCAAGGGUUGCAUACUAUUUACAAGCAGUGCUUCUGCAUCGAUUGCAGGGCUUUCAUCUCAUGCUUAUGCUGCCUCGAAAAGUGGAGUUUUGGGGCUGGCUAGGAACUUGGCAGCCGAGCUUGGCCAAUAUGGGAUAAGGGUUAAUUGCGUGUCGCCUUAUGCUGUUGUGAUUGGUAGUGGAAUGGUACCACUAAGUGCAGAAGAGGCAGCAAAAACCGAAAUGGCAGUGCAUGAAAUUGGUAAUUUAAAAGGACAUAUUCUCAAGGCAAUAGAUGUAGCAAAGGCAGCACUCUACUUGGUUAGUGAAGAUGCAAAUUAUAUAAGUGGGCUCAAUCUCUUGGUGGAUGGAGGGUAUUCUGUGGUGAAUCCUAGCAUGAGGAACCUUUUAGGCUCACCCCACGACAACAAGACAGCGUCCUAA